AUGUUAAAUUUCAGUUAAACGUAGAUAGCUACAUACGAACACGGUGGUGGUGAUAAGAUAUAAUUUAAAUAAUUCUUCUGUAAAAAUAGAAUUUAAAAAAGAUAUUUUACAAAAUAAUAUUAGUAUUCAUUUGGAUUUACUCCCGGGGUUUUACUAAAUAGUUGGAUCUAGUAUUCUAAAUUGGUGUUUUCUUUUUUCAGUAAAAAAAAUUCAUCAUGGAAUACACAAGUAUUCCCGAGGAUCGUUUUGAUGAUGUUAUCAAACAUUUGCGAAAUAACUUUUAUGUUGAUGAACCCCUAAGCAAUGCUGUUGGAUUAUGUAAAAAAGGCGAAGGCCAUAAAGAAUAUGAAGAAUUUAAUUAUCAAAAUAUGCAAAAUGGGUUUAAUCUGAUGGCGGUUGCUCCAGAUGGUGAGAUUGCUGGAGUUUUAUUAAGUGCUGUUAGCCAGCCUGGUAGAUUGGAAAUAGUUAAAAAGAAAAUCAACAUGAGCGACGAUGAAAAAUUUAAGAAAAUUUUCAAUUUCAUUUUUGGCCAAAGCUCAAAGUUUGAUUUAUUUGAAAAAUUCCAAGUCGAUAGAAUAUUUCAUUUGCGAGUUUUAUCUGUGGAUUCAAAAUACCGUGGAAAAGGUAUUGGUAAAGAGUUGGUCAAACGUAGCAUUGCCCAAGCUGAAAAUUGUGGAUUCAAAGUCCUGAAAACCGAUACAACUGGAGCUUUCUCGCAGAAAAUAAUGAAAUCCUGUGGUUUUGAAACACUUUACAAAGUUAACUACGCCGAAUACACUGAUGAACUUGGAAAGCCUAUUUUUAUAAUGGAGUCACCGCAUACAAACUUCGAAAUUCUUUAUAAACAAUUAAAAUGAAAUAGAUGGUAUAGGGAAUUUUUAUUAACAGAUUUAAAUCUUAGAUUACAAUGUGAUUGCAAUAUUUUGCUAACCAAGUCAUGCUUAGCUAUAAAAUGUAUUUAUAUGAAAGUGUUUUUUUUUUUAUUGAGG